AUGUCCGAGUUUUCGGAUAGCAGUCUGCCCUCGUUGAAUAGCCCGGACGGUCGUGAAGAUGACGAGGAGAGCGACGAGAUGGACGAGGACGUUAAGAAGCUCACCCUGCUUCCCUCGACCUCCUCAUCCUACCGUACCCUCAACCACGAGGAGAAGCCGAAGAAGCCGAGAAGCGAAGCUCCGGCCCUUUGUGCUAUUUGUGGAGGACAAGCGAAUGGAUAUCACUAUGAAGCACCGUCUUGUAAUAGCUGCAAGACAUUCUUUCGAAGGGUGAUGCUCCGUGCCCGUCUCCCACAAUGCAAAAAGAUGAAUGGCGGAGGGGAUAGACGAUGUCCAGAUAAACAAAAGAAUGGAAGGGCUGUGUGCAGGGGAUGCAGAUUUGUCAAGUGUUUGGAGGCGGGAAUGGAUUGUAGAGGUAUCGAAUAUCGUCCUGGCGCUCCGGUUGAUGAUGAAUUCAUCGGAAUUGUGUUGCGCAUGCAAUUCAAAGCGAGAGGCCAAGCGGAUACAGCAGAUGACCAAAAGCCGUCAACAUCACAAGCCUUGGUUCCAGUUAACGUCGACAUUAAGCCGCCACUCUCCAAUGAAAGUGACCACUUCCGGACAUUGAUCUUCUUGAAGUCGAUGGAAAUGGAUAUGAAUUUGAGGCUUCGUCUCGAAAGCCCUGAAGGCCUACUACCAUGGCCGAUGCAGAAUGUGGCCACCUAUAUGGCCCAUGGACUCCAUUCACAACGAAUACCGGCAACAGCUAUUGACGCAAAGUAUCACUACGUUGAGCGAAGAUUCGGAUGUGCGCACUUUUUGAUAGAAUAUGAGAGAGCUCAUGAGAUUGCUAGGCAAUUACCCUUCUACGAUAAGCUUGGAACCAUGGACAAGGUCCUGUGGUUUCGGUUCGCUGCCAUGGCCUCAUUUCUCUUCACCUCGGCAUUUCGGUCGAAAAGCCGAGGGCUUCCGGCUGUGACGUUAAGAGAUGGAAGCCUAGCUCCAAUACUAGCCCACAACCCCUGGGAAUUGCAUCGCCUAAUUUUCUUCAAGCCAGUCGAAUAUUUGACCGAUCAGGAUGUAGAUGACGAUGAGUUUUUGAUGCUUCGGGGAAUUCUGCUAUGCUCAACAGUAGCCCCACUGCCGCCGGAAGCACUGAAAGGGUUGGAUGAGACGCGGGAGAAACUGGCACGAACGCUAUUCGCCUACGAGACGACAAGGCAUGGGAUGCAGCGCGGGGCCAAUAGAUAUCAACUCCUCCUCCAUGUCGUCAACAAUUUCGUCAAGCUGACCGGUCAGCAUAAGGAAUUAUAUCUGAUGGGACGGCUUCGAGCCCUGGCUUCUCCCCCUCCGAUAUCGCUACUACCAGCUUAUACUGAUACCUUUGUCGUGGAGAUUAUGGGUGAA